AUGCACCAGGCGCUCCUACCUUCAUAUUGUACAUUUGCGGCAUCUGUGAUCUUGACUGCUGCUGAUGCGGUUGCUGUUGUUGACCUUGUGCCUGCGGCGCCGACCCGGGCUGAGGGCCCUGCUGGCCUUGCUGUUGUGCUUGUUGCAUUUGGGCCUGCUGCUGCUGCGCCUGCAUUUGUUGUUGUUGAGCCUGGGCCUGUUGUUGCUGGGCUUGCAAUUGCUGUUGAGCUUGAGCCUGUUGUUGCUGCGAUUGCAGCUGUUGUGCCUGUUGCCGUGGUGACGUCUGUGGAGGUUGCCCUUGUACUGGCUGCUGCGCUUCUUGUCGUGGCGAAGUCUGUAUCGGUUGACCUUGUGCUGGCUGCUGAGGUUGUUGUUGCUGCUGCUGGGUCUGUUGCUGUUGGGCUUGCAUCUGCUGUUGCUGAGCCUGUUGCAUCUGUGCCUGCUGCUGCGCCUGCAACUGUUGUUGCUGAGCUUGCUGCUGUUGGGCUUGUAGCUGCUGAGCUUGCAACUGUUGAGCCUGUAACUGCUGCGCUUGGGCCUGCUGAGCUUGCUGUUGCAUCUGUUGGUGCAUUUGCUGCUGCAUCUGCUGUUGCAUUUGUUGUUGCUGUGCCAUGA